AGAAUACAAUGUUAUUUGGGAGUUGACCGACAAGAUUCGUAUACUGGGAACCGUGCAAUGUUACGGGUUGUGUACGAGGCAUACGAAACGAUCUACGAUUUCUCUGUGUACGCUCGAUCCUUGGUGGAUCGCGUGGGCGUCCUGCUUUCCAAGUCUCCUGGCCCACGCUCUUUAUUUACGCGUUCUCACGAAUUCUAUUCGACUCCUCGAGUAUUAGCGAGCGUAUUAUGUUCUGAAGAAGCUCUCGCGGUCAUGGUGACGAGUCUUUCUCAUUGACAAGCCGCAGAUCCUUCGGGAAGAUCCGAUUUGUCGUCAGCUGGUUGAUAUAAGCUGAACGCUUACCUAAUGUCAACCGUGAAUCACGUUUCCUUCCUACUACACGUCCCUGACGCGCUCUUUUCCGUCCGACUGCUUACGUCCUGUUUGUUUUCGUAAACGCUGAGAUCUAAUGCACUCCUCUUCGACGAAUUUGUUCAUAUCUGAAGAAAGUAGAUGAAUUUGCAUCCGUUUUAAUCUCCAGUUUCUCAAUGUUCUCUGGAAUUCCUGUCACCUUACAGUGUCACACAAAAACGCAUGUGCUAACGUAAAUACACAACCCGGAACGAACACGUAAAAUGGAACAACACGUGGGGAGUGGAGAAAGUGGCGGGACGUUAACGUGCGCCGGAUGUCUCAACGCUAUCGACGAAGAUGAAUUCAUACAGGCGUUGAAUCAAGAAUGGCACAUCGAUUGUUUUCGAUGUUCAGCGUGCGACAUCGGCCUCUCCUCGUGGUAUUUUGAGAAGGAUGGGUUGCUGUUUUGUAAAGAUGAUUACUGGGCUGCCUAUGGUGAAGCUUGUCAGGGCUGCGGCCAGAUCAUCACGGGUCCCGUCAUGCUGGCGGGAGAUCACAAAUUUCACCCAGAAUGCUUUACCUGCAACUCUUGCGGAGCUUUCAUCGGGGACGGGGAGAGUUAUGCCCUUGUCGAGAGAUCCAAGUUGUACUGCGGCAAUUGUUACAAGAGGCAGAUGCAGCCGGUCAAUAGGACAGCUAAUCACUUCACGAGGAAACCGCAUAGCAUCAGAUUAGUGGAGAUACCCCCGAACACGUCGGAUCCUGAAAAGCAGAGAGGAAUCAAACUAACAUUAGACACAACUCCUAGUCCUCGAAAUUGUGGUGCUUUGCUACGCAUAUCAGAGUUAAUGAGAAAUGUGCGUGGAAAGAUCAGUAAGCUGUUGGCCUCUGUGAUGGAGGUUCUAUUUAGGCUAUGCUGCCACUUCUCUAAUCAUAGACUGAACAUGCCCAGCGAUCUCAUGUCUUUACAUAUCGGCGAUCGAAUACUCGAAGUAAACGGGACUCCGGUCAAGGAUCAACCCAUAGAGAGCAUCGAAAAUCUUAUACAAUAUUCCGACACAGUCGUACAGCUAACUAUUGAACACGACCCGGACGCAGUGUCGCGACAACCAACGUAUUCCUCGCCUUCCGCGGCGAUGCUUACGUCUGUCGCGAGUCCAAGAACGAGUCCUGACAACAAAGAACGAUUGUUCAAACGUCGGGACGAGGGAUACAUCAGUGGAACGCGAAGCAGACAACUGCGGCGUACCAGAGAUCCUAUGCAUAAAGGACGCAGCAGCUCCAUGUCGCGUCUUCUAGAUGGAUCCGCAGCAACGAAUCCUACGUGCGAUUUGAGCAGGACUAGAUCGUUUCGCGUUGAACCAAAGAAUCAAAGAAUAUUCCGUGCCAGCGAUCUAGUGAAGGGCGAGUUAUUGGGUACAGGAUUUUUCGGGCAAGUGUUCAAAGUCACGCACAGAGACACCAACGAAGUGAUGGUGCUUAAAGAACUGUACAGAGUAGACGAGGAAGCUCAGAAGAAUUUCUUAAAGGAGGUUGCCGUGCUACGUUCGCUACAUCACAAUAACGUUCUCCGGUUCAUCGGCGUUCUUUACAAAGACAAGAAGUUACACCUGGUCACCGAACACAUAGCAGGAGGAACUCUGAGAGCGUUGCUGCACGACACGAACGAAAUUCUGCCGUGGGAACAGCGUGCGUCGUUCGCUAAAGAUAUAGCCGCCGGCAUGGCUUACCUACAUUCCAUGAAUAUCAUUCACAGAGACUUGAAUUCGCACAAUUGUCUCGUGCGCGAAGAUAAGACUGUGGUCGUGGCCGAUUUCGGCUUGGCUAGGAUAAUGCAAAACGGCAAUUCACCCGACAAUUACAAAUACAGCAGACAUUCCGACGGAGAGCCGAGAACGUCGAGAAGAGAACGGAAGAAGAGAUACACGGUCGUCGGAAAUCCGUAUUGGAUGGCACCGGAAAUGAUGAACGGGAAUAAAUACGACGAGAAAGUAGAUAUAUUCAGUUUUGGUAUCGUCGUCUGCGAAAUAAUUGGGAGGGUCUACGCGGAUCCUGAUUACCUACCAAGAUCAAAAGACUUUGGAUUGAAUCAACAUGUGUUUAAGGAGAAAUUCUGUGCGAACUGUCCAGAAAUGUUUUACAGGAUCGCUUUCCUAUGCUGCGAUUUAAAUCCCGACAAGAGGCCUCCGUUCGAGGUGAUGCAGGUUUGGUUAGAUGGAUUAGCAACGCAUUUAUCGUUGGGUGUCGAAUUGCCGUCGGAUUUAGAGUUCGAUAUCAGAAAUUAUACGGGGCCCAGCACGAGCACGAGCGGCUCCACUACUCCAGAGACUAUGCCCCCGCAAUUGAAGCUUAUCAAGGAAGGUCAAGUGCAUCAGGAAACGAAACCACGCGGUUUUUGCGACGACAGCACUUUGGAACGCGAAGAUGCGCCCAAUAGCAAUACGCUCCAAGUGCCUGACGUGAUAACUCCUCGAGGGAGGUACACGAGACAAAACAGUAAAACGAGUGAAGCGUCUACGAAUAGUUACUCGAGGCAGAACUCGAGGUCCAAGGAAGAAAAACCGGAGGUCGUUGUAUCUCCAGAGUCCGGUGGAUUCACCGGAUGUUUUUCGAGGCAGGGUAGCAAGUCUGAUUCGUCCAGUGACAAACAGGACUCGUACGUAAAGCAGAACGACGAGUCGGAUUUGAAAAGAAUACCGACUAUUGGAAAGAUUCGAUACGUGGGUAGAGCGAGUCCGUGCUCUUUAUCAGACACUCCUGAGUACAUUAUCGAUAACAAGUGCUCGUACAAAGUGAAUAAUCUGAAUUGUAAGUCCGCCGAAAAGAUUGGUGAAUAUAAUUCGAACGGUGGUCCGUCGAGGACUAAGCUGGAGAAUAAGUUCAAAAUAUCGGAGGGGAAUUCUGUCAGUUCCUAUUUGAAGCAGAUCGGCAAAUCGAAGGAUAAGGUCGAUGGACAGAAUGAAGAUACGAAGAAGGCUAGUGGCGAAGCUUCUAAAUCGUCAACUGGCUCUUAUUUGAGAAGGACUAAGAUUUCUCCAACGAAGGAGUCACCGAAAAGCGCUUUUUCACCACAGAAAAACCAGCAGGAAGCGACUACCAGCACUUCAUUGCAAUCGAAGGCAAACUCAGAAGGAAUGGAAGAGCCUAAUGAUAGAGUUACUAGGCAGGAAAGUAAUGUAUCAGAUAUCGGUAGUAUAUUGUCCAGACAGGGAAGCCUCACAGUGCUGGACUGUACAGCGAAGAAUAUCUACAAAGACUACUCGCCUUACCCUACCUUGCAAAAGAAUAGUCUAUGUAAAGAAGAUGGUUUGAGGAAAAACACGCUGCUUCAUUAUACAGACAGUGUUUGCUCCAACACAAGUAUAUCCAAGAACGAAGAUUUCCUUUAUAAUGCACGAAACGAGACUAACAAAGAAGACUGCGUAUCCAUCCAAGAAUCAAACCCCGAACCGAAGAAGCCCGUGUACGAUGGAAAGUUGCCUAAUUCGUUGACAGAGUAUGCAGGGUGUUACAAGAACGUUGAUCUGUGCAGACAGGACAGUUUUGGUUCUGAUAGUGCAGUCGGUACGAUGAAGAGUGACUUCUUCGCGGAUUUGGAUUUCGUUCAAUUGAGGGACGGUAGGCACACACCAGAUAUGUGCCAUACUCCGGAACGAUGUUACACGCCUAACCGGGCCUCGUCACCGAUAGAGAGCACAGCCUUGUGAAUCGUCCUCACUAAUUUGAUCUCUACGUACGCUUGAUCAAAAAUUUCGUUACCUAACUCGAUCAUUUCGUUUAACAUUCAUCGAACGUGACGUAGUAUUAUUAACAAUUUGACGUCCAGUAUUAAUGAAUCUCAUUGUUCUUACAUAAUCUUGAAGGAUUCGCAUUCCUGCAACAUCUUGCCUUGUGGUGUUUAAAUAAUUAUAAGACUAACGAAAACAUUCCAUCCAGGAUCUUGUCUGACGCAUACAGAAUCGGUACAACUAACGCGUGCUUUUUAGAGAUGCGCGAAACACGUGAUCAAGUUUUUUUUUUUACAAGUGUUUCCGGGAACACUGGAACGAUCGGUGCAUCUCCAGUUUAUUUUUACUUUUUUUUUUUAAUGGAAAGACGGGAUUUUAUCGAAGAAGUUGUAAACGUUAUUGUAGAGUCAGUUUUGUAGAAUAGAUUGUAAAAAAAUGAUAUUCUUUACCGGAUAUACAUAUAUGUACAUCAUACUGUAAGAUAUAUUAUGGAGAUGUGCAUGUACAGAUCAUAUCAGGCAUGUAUAAGCUUUGACGCAUCAAUUAUAUCUUUGCGGUUCACACAGAAAUGGGACAUCACCUAUUCGAUAUUAACAAGCUCUUCUUCAUCUUGUUAUUUAGAUAUUUUAUUUGUAAAUCGAAGGCACGAAAUUUUAUUUAACUUAACGAUGAUCAACAUCUAAGUACACGUCGUAGCAAAGAUAUAAAUGAUGACGAAUUAGUAUGAUGUGUAUAAUACGAAUAAAUGUACAUAUAGUUUUGUAUAUAUAUAUUCCAACAUUCGUCACAUGUUCAAAACACUGUUUACAGAACAUAUAUUUAACAGUAAAAAGCUUUAUAUUGAUAAUGUAGAGAUGAAAGUUCUUUUGAUACUAUUAAAAAGAGAAGAGUUGUAUUUCUAUUACAUUCUAAUCGUAAGCAGAGUGUUCCCUAAUUUUAUCGAGAUAGAAUGAAAUAUAGAACACGAGAUCUAGAUCACUUUACACAUGUGUUGCAUUUAAAUCAAAAGAGAUUUUCAGUAUAAGAAUGGAACUUUGCGUUCUGUGAAAUUUUAAUCACCUUAUUACCUUUGCAUUUCCUUACCAUGUAAUUUUCUAAUAUCAAUUUGAUUUCUUCACUUUGCAAAGGAGAUGGAUUAGUUUCAAUGUCAUUGUUAUCGAGAACACACCAGUUACACCAAAUACAUGUUUGUUAUCUGUGAUAAAAAGUGUUUUGCAGCAGUCUACGAUUGGACAAUUUCGUGAAGAAACGUUACUAUGAAGAGAACCCCAAUUCUUAUACUUUAAUGCGUAUUAAAAUUUGCAAUGCUCUGAAGAAAACUGAGGGAUAUGAAAAUUAUGAACGGUACGUGCAAUGAACGGCUUUGUAGAAAAUGAGCGAGUAAUUAAAAGAUAGAAUGCAAUUAAUUUUCUUAUGAACGAAAUUGCGUUGAAGUUCGAGCUUAUCGAAUUUUCAUAUUAAACUGAAAAUGGCCUACGUGCUAUCGGUUGUUCCAAAUUUUUAAUCUCAACUGCGCACGCCGAAUGUACACAUAUUUAAACAAAUUUAUAAUUAAUCAUCAAUGGAAUAAAUAACAUAAGAAUAAUCAAAAUGCAUAUGUUAAACGAGUAAGUAGUAACUCGUUAAUAGAACGAUCUUCAGCGAACAGUAUUAAUCUCGUUAUCGUUGCUUACCGUAGUAUACAACGUAGGAAAUGUUUGUAAAACAUGCGACGGGCACAAAAAAGGGAACUCUGUAAACUUCUGUAUAAAAAGAAGAAAACCUUUCGAACGGUUAGACACGUUAUUUUUAUAGUCUGCACGAAUAAUUGUCGCGCCCCUUCUGUUCAUUACUCAUUACGAUGAUCAUAAGGAGCGUAAACAAAUUUGAACCCCUCGCAAAUUAUUUUUCUUCACCCCGAUAACGAACUCUACAUAGGAUCGAGAGUAUAUUUCGUAUAAAACUGUGUUAGGGAUAAAAUGAAUCGCGAGAAGAGUGAAACGAACGAACGCGAAACAAUUUGAUCCCAUAUUUUUGUGACUGUUAGCAAUAAUAAAUACGCGGUGAAAACGUUAUCGUUUUCGAAUAAGAGACUGGGUAACGGGCACGUUGUUCUUUCCACAGCACAUUUGUUAAUAGUAUAUAAUGUACGAUGAAAAAACGAUUUAUUCAGACUUUUAGAUACUAUCUGCCGUAAUUAAAAAUUCGUCCCGACGAUUGCUCAAAAUUUCGGAUCUACAGAAAUUGUAUAACGUUUUUUAUAUGUCUUUGCUAUGUGUUAGUUGACAUUUCCGAAUCGUUUUCUGUGCUAAGUGUUAUGCGAUUAGGGAACAGCUGGUUUUAUUUAACAUUCUAAUAAUACAGAGAAAAACGAGAAAAAUAAAUGGUUGAGAAUAUGA